CAUUCCCGCCUGCGCAAAAUUCCCAGUCUCGAGGUUCACACACAUUGACUUGCGCGUGCAGAGCGAGCGUCCGUCAAAUCGCAGCUGAGUUAGCGAGUUUCGCUGUUUCAGCGCAGUGUUUUUUCUGGUUGAGUUGACUGUAGUAAAACAUGGACCCGCAGAAAGUGACGGAGUUGAAGGCCUUCGUGCAGCUGUGCAAAGAGAAUCCAGCUGUACUGCACAUGCCAGAGAUGAGCUUCUUUAAAACCUGGUUGCAGGGGAUGGGAGCAAACGUACCAUUAGCAACAAAUAACAGCUCAUCAUGCAAGGGAAGCUGUCCAUGUGAUGGGGCUUCCAAAGCCGCACCAGGAUCCGAACCAGCCCCACCAUCUGAGAGCGAGGAGAGUGAAAUAGAAAUAGACAAUGAAGGAGUGAUCGAGCCAGAUACGGAUGAACCUCAAGAGAUGGGCGAUUACGAGAACCUGGAGGUCACAGAUGAAAUGAUAGACCAGGCCAACGAGAAGAAGAUGGAGGCCAUUGGUGUGUUAGGAGAUGGUGACCUACAGAAAGCUCUGGAGCUGUUCACAGAGGCCAUCAAGCUCAACCCGAAACUGGCCAUUCUUUAUGCCAAAAGAGCUAGUGUGUAUGUGAAGAUGCAGAAACCCAACGCCGCGAUCAGAGACUGUAACAGAGCCAUUGACAUCAACCCAGACUCUGCCCAACCCUAUAAAUGGAGGGGGAAAGCACACAGAUUGCUUGGGUGUUGGGAGGAGGCGGCAAAAGACUUGGCAAUGGCCUGCAAACUUGACUAUGAUGAAGAGGCCAGUGCCCUGCUUAAAGAAGUCCAGCCAAAGGCCAACAAAAUCAUCGAGCAUCGGCGCAAAUAUGAACGCAAGCGAGAAGAACGGGAGAUCAGAACGAGGCAAGAACGAGUCAAGAAAGCAAGGGAAGAACAUGAAAGAGCACAAAGGGAACAGGAAGCCAGACAACAGGCUGGAGGAGGUGCACAGGGAGGGUUCCCCGGAUUUCCAGGAGGUGCUGGUUUUCCAGGUGGAUCUCCAUUUGGAAUGCCUGGACUCGAUGGGCUUCUCAAAGACCCAGAGGUUCUCAUGGCUAUGCAGGACCCAGAGGUGAUGGCAGCCUUCCAGGAUGUGGCACAGAACCCAGCCAACAUCGCCAAGUACCAGAGCAACCCCAAAAUCAUGGCUCUUAUCAACAAACUCAGCUCCAAGUUCGGUGGCGAGCAGCCCUAAAGGGCAUAAAAUGUGAAUGGUGGAUAAUGUCUGGUUCCAAUACUCUGAUGUAGCUUUUUCUCACUCUUUUCUUGCCACAAAAUACAGACAGGACUUAG